CAGUCAUUACAUGAGCCAUUUUUAGUUCAAGUCACUUCCACGGGGCUGCAUGUAGUUAUCCACACUAACGUACGCGUGUGACCUCCUUCACCAGGGCUCCACAAUAGCAGACUGACUCCCCCUGUCUGUAGUUACACCACGUUCCCGGCCAGGGAGAAGACAAUGGGAUGGGCGCGCUGUGUUAUCUGUUUCCUGGCCGUGUGUCUGCACACCUGUGUGUGUACAGGGUUACCAGAGCCGAAGUCGCGGACACACUGUGAGUUGGGCAAGUUUCCCUGUGGAAAUCUGCCCACGUGUCUACCUCUACAGCUCCAGUGUGAUGGCAAGGAAGACUGCAGCAAUGGCGCGGAUGAAGUCAAUUGUGGAGACAACAAUGGAUGGCCAGACCACCUGCAGAGUCAGGUAGUAAACCCAUCAUUGGAUUCAGCAGGAAUUCCAAGGGACUGCCAUCUAGACCUGCCUGUAGUUCCAUACCUGUGCCAGUGUAUCUACACACAUAUCAAAUGUGAGAAGCUAGGCCUGGUCUCCAUACCUGCCAACAUCUCUCAAGAUGUCACCAGGCUGAACUUGCAGCACAACUUGAUUGAAUCGCUCCAGAACAAUUCCCUUGGCAAGCUGACAGCUCUUCGGAGCCUGAAUCUCCGUGGUAACAGGAUCAGGACCCUCCCAGCAGGAGCUUUUAAAGGACUGACCAAUCUAGGCCAGCUGUAUUUGUCAGAAAACCUGCUAGAAACCCUGCCAGCUGGAGCCUUCCAGGGACUACAGAGACUAAAAUGGCUUUACCUGCAGAGGAAUGAGCUGAAGUCUCUUCAUGCGGAUGUAUUCCAAGGAUUAAACAGCCUUAACUGGUUGGAUCUUCGGUUCAACUCCUUGCAAAAUUUACCAUCUGGGUUGUGGUGUGACCACAUGCCGGCACUACUGUGGCUGGAAAUGGAAGGGAAUGACAUAGAACAGCUGACAUCAUCUUCAUUUACCAGAUGCAGUUCCUUGACAGUUGUAAAUGUCAGAAACAACAGCUUGAAGUCCAUAGGCCGUGAUACCUUCACACCCCUCUCCAGUGUCUGGGAACUAGACAUCUCCUGGAACAGCCUGGCACCUCUCCCUAUUGGAACCUUCAAUGGACUGGGACACCUGAAACUGCUGAACCUGUCUUACAACAGUGACAUGAUCCUGAGUCUGGACCUGUUCUUUGGGCUGGAUAACCUGACUUCAUUGGACUUGCGAGGUCUAGAGAUGUCUCAAGACUGUCAGCAUUCCAGGGUGCUGCUGAGUCUGGAGAAUUUACACUUUGUUUAUUUCGAUGACUUCUCAUACUGCCGGUAUGCCCUACAAGCACGGGGGUGUUCACCCAAGUCUGACGGUAUUUCUUCGCUGGAAAACUUGUUGGCUCUGGAAUUUCUGCGUGUCGUGGUCUGGGUCCUCGCCUGCUUCACAGUCCUAGGCAACUCAUUCGUCAUCCUGGGCAGAUUACUUAUCAAGAAUGAGAACAACAUGCACUCUCUCUUCAUCAGGAAUCUCUGUGCGGCGGACCUAUUGAUGGGUGUGUACCUCAUCAUCAUCGCCAGUCGUGACGUCAUAUACCGUAAUGAGUUCAUCCAACAUGCUCUAUCCUGGCAGGAAAGUGUACUGUGUCAGUUCUCAGGCUUUCUCGCUAUGCUUUCUUCUGAGGUGUCAGUGUUGCUGUUGGCAUACAUGUCCAUGGAGCGCUGUCUGAUCAUCGUCUUCCCGUUCCGUACCAUGGAACCCAGCACCAGGCAGAACCAAACCUUCAUUGCCUGCAUCUGGCUCUUUGGCCUCCUCAUCGCCACUCUACCAUUUCUCAUACAGGAUUCGACCUGCUUCUAUGGGAGCAGCUCAGUGUGUUUCCCUCUCCACCUGCGCUCACCCUAUGGACAAGGCUGGGUGUACGGGGCAGUGGUGUUUAUUGGCCUCAACUUGUGUGCCUGGUUCAUCAUUCUCCUGUGCUAUGUUUGCAUGUUUGUCAGCAUCCAUCGAACACGCAUGCGCACCACAGGCCAGCCCACUCACAAGGCUGACUGGAUCGGCUGGCGUUUCUUCUUCAUCGUACUGACGGACUCACUGUGCUGGAUCCCUACUGUUGUCCUCAAACUACUGGUUUUACAUGGGGUCAACAUCUCUGAAACAUUUAAUGCGGUGAUUGCUGUGGUGGUACUGCCCAUCAACAGUUCCAUCAACCCCAUCCUGUACUCCAUCUCCACCUCCAACUUUAAGGACGGCUCUCUCCGGAUCUUCCGCACACGACGACAGUCCCUAAGCAGAAUAGUCACAGGAAACAGUGCAGGGAACACCAACAUGUCCGCCAGGACCAGUUUAGGUAAGCGGUGGCUGGUGGGUGCCAAACAAUUGCAUGCCCAUUGUAGUGUUCCACACCUGGGCACCCUCAGACAUCUGGCACGGUCCACAUCUGGGCUGGGUGGCUCCAGUCAGCUGUCGGCCCCAGCUCUGACCAUGACACCCUUGUCACUUGUACUUAUGUCUCCCAGAGCAAGGCCAAAACAAUGCCUAGCUUCUGCAGCCAUUCUAGACCAAGGAAAUCCUGAAGGACAAGUGCUGGUUGAGGAGAAAGAAUCUACAUUAUAGAUUUGAGUGUUAAGUGUACUUCAUCACAGAAGUCAAUAUCACAACAGUUAAUAAUGUAAAUUACACACACACCUGUUAAUAUUUAUGCAAGAUGCAGUAAGGCCUCUGGAGCAAAAUGUUACAAAACUUACCAGUUUUUAAUAUGACUGUAAUAGGUACAUUUGGCCACAGCAAGUUAGUUUUUAUAGAUGACAUCAGCGCGCUCAUUUAUUUCAGCCUAAUUGUGAAAAAAAAAAAAAUAUUCCCCUCCAGAGAUGGUAAACGUACUGAGAAAGUACUUGAAUGGGAAAAUGAGAAGUGACACAAGUGAUCAACAUAGCCAUAACUGUAGAAGUGAAACUAGUUCGAUAGUUUAAAAAGCAGCAUCAAUGUGGUAGCCAUGACUUCUCGCAUUUAACUCGUAGUCUGCAGAGGAUGCCAUCCAUAAAUUUAUUUGCUGUGGCCUUUACGGAUAACAAAUUUUUAAAGGGGUAGGCAGUUAUUCUCUUUUAGGUUUUGACUGGGGGUGAUGAAGCAAAUGCAGUUUCACAAUGUAAAACCGAAAUGCAUCAGAGCACUGGUGUUUCCAUCAUCAUAGGUAUACAUAGUAUUAGCACAAUUUGCUAUUAGCUGAUUUAAGAAAAACAUGUUGGAAUGUGAUUCUAUUCCAUGUAAUAACUUCUUCAUCGCCCGGAUGUCAGAUCAAAAAUUGUAAUCGUCCUUUGCCAGCUGUUGAGCCCCAAAAAAGGCUAGGGUUGAUUCAGUAACACAUGAGCCUGUAUCAGGCACCGAUAUUGGAAUACAAAUGUAGGAUGUGCAGAGAUUAAUGCAGAUGCUGAUAUUUUUCUAUUGCUGAUUGGGCAAAAUGUACAAUAUAUGUCCAUGUUGGAAUGGGCCUUUUAAUAGAGGAUAAUUAAUGAUGAUGAUGAUGAAUUUUCUGACACAAAAGUGUUGAGUUUUAAGCGACCCUUAGCUGCAUUUGGUGACAAUAAUUUCUCUGCUGUUAUUCUUGACCAUUGAGAAUGAAAUGUUUCCUUAAAAAUUGGCAGAGACUAUACAAGUUUAGCUAGUACAAAAAUGUAUGUAUAAAUUUAUAUAUAAAGCCAUACCAGAUACAUACAAGGUACAUAAAAUAAUAUCUGUAUAUACUUUUUCAAUUGAUGUUGAGUGUUUGACCAUUUGUAUUUGUAUUUAUUUGUUCAUCAAUAUGGGAUAUUGAAUUGUAAAUGGCAGUUAGUCAUGCAUGGUAUGGAUGUCUAGGAGAUAAAAUCCAGCAAAGCACCCUUACUCUUUGAUCCUAGCAAAAAUGAAUGAAAACGUUAGAUGAAACAAAUGUCAAAGGUAAAAUGUGUUAUGGUUAUAAUAUCAUUAACUUCUCAUUUUUUAAAUGUAACCUGUAACCUUAAAAUCAAAGUACUUACAGUGUAACAAGCUUUUGAGUAAUGUUCAUACUAUUAUAACAUGUGAGAUGAAACUCUAUAUUUUAUAUGAGUGUAUUCGUAUCUAUUUUAGAUACUAGGGUUAGAAGGAAGUGUAAUGUUGAUGUUUUUGGCCAUCACAUCACAAAGGCUUUAAUUUUUUCGUUUUUUUUUCUGAUUACUUUGUACAUUGUGGAUGUUCAUAGUUUGAGUCGUUGUGGCUUUUAGCGUUGAAAGUCGGGCCAUAUGAUGAUGGUAUAUGGAUAAAACCCUCUGGAAACCCCAGAACUGAUUCAGAAUUGAGAAAAAAAAAGGUUGGCCAAAUAAAAAUAAAUAAAGUUGCCCUCAUCAAGGAAUGGUCAGGAAGGUUAAACUCUGACUGAAUGAGCUGUAAAUUCUUGACAUCCACAUCAUCUUCUUUGACUUUGUAUUCGUUUUCUGACAUUUUUUUCAUUCCACAGCAGUCGCUAAUUUUGCAGCUGCUUUGUACAAUUUAUGGGAUGGUCAGUACGUUUUUCUUUGAACAAAAAUUGAUGUGUGUGGAUGUCAACCAUAUAUUCAACAUGGCCUUACUGUUUACAUGUGGAAGACUGUUCAACUGUUGGGAAGUUGUGGCAUAAUACUUUGUCAGUUACUUCCUACUUCAGUGGAAGCUUUAUCCUUGUGACAGUUUUGAUCUUGGUAUAAAGAUGUACAAUAGUUACUCAAGCAACAGGAUAGAUUUUAUCAAUGUUCCAAGUAGUAUUUACGUCUACAAUGUAGUACCUGUAGAUCAGCAGGUCACUGAUGGUGUAAUAUAAAGUAAACAGCAUGGAAACAUAAUUACUAUGAUUUGCGUGUGGGAUCAAUAAAUCUACUAAUACAUGUUCA